AAAUAAAGACAGUUCCCGACAAGCACUCGUGAAUGAUACGUAUAACCGGCCUGUUCAUGAGAUAGUUGAGCGCUUGGCUGAGUGCAGUGUAAUUAGUGAUAUAUAUAGGCAUCGAGUGCAGUGGACUAUUAAGACAUGUACGAGGAGGAACUGCUAUACCUUCACCGUACCCGCGGUAUGACGCCGGCUGGCCCGCUUGGCCUGCACCCGUACCUCGGAGGCGGCUUACCUGCCAAUCUUACCGACCACCUGGAGAAGUACCGGCUUGGGUUCCAUGGCGGCCUCACCCCCCAGUCCCCCUUCGCUCACGGGUUUCCAGGGGAUUAUCUGAAGCCUCUGCCCCAGUGUGGAGGCUUCCCGGCCGCUGGGCUGCCGGGGGGCAAACCUGACCCUCGCAUCAAGGCUCGCCUGGAAAAUGAAAACCUGUGGAACCAGUUUAAUAAGUUUGGCACGGAGAUGAUCAUCACUAAGCUCGGACGGCGAAUGUUCCCGACGGUGAAGAUGUCCGCUAGCGGGCUGGAACCCAACACCAAAUAUUUCGUCCUGAUGGACAUCAUCCCAGCAGACGACUCCAGGUACAAGUUCCAGGGCAAGGAGUGGGUGGUGGCGGGCAAGGCCGAGCCCCACAUGCCCGGCCGACUCUACAUCCACCCGGACUCCCCCGCCUCGGGCGCACAGUGGAUGCGUCAUCCCAUCAGCUUCCAGAAGCUCAAACUAACCAACAACAAUCUGGACCAACAAGGACACAUCAUCCUCAACUCCAUGCAUAAGUACCAGCCGAGAAUUCACAUUGUAGCGGCGCCGGACUUAGUGUCCCUCCACUGGGCAGCCUUCAACACAUUCAACUUCCCUCAGACCUGCUUCAUGGCAGUCACAGCCUACCAGAACGACCGCAUCACGCAGCUUAAGAUCGACAACAACCCGUUCGCCAAAGGCUUCAGGGAGAACGGCCAGCUUCGCUCCAAGAAGAGGUCUGGAGGGACGCCGCCCCAGGUCGGGGAACUCACCGCCACCACCCCGGACAAGACUACUGAAACAGAUGAUGCGACUCUGGACAAGCGCGCUCGCCUCAACAGCGUCGACAGCGGCGACCUCGACACGUCGGACAUUGAGGACCGGCCGGCGUCGUCCAUGUCGGUAGAGAAGGAUCUUGGCGACGAGAAGGUGGACGUGGAGAGUCCUCCGACGCCGCCCCCGCCCUUCCUCCCUCCUCCACGGAUUAUUAAGUCAGAGGUGGAGGAGCCGGCCACCUCCCUAGUGUCACCCUUGAUGUCCGCCGCCUCCAUGAUGGCGGCGGCGGUGGCGGCCGACAGCAGGAAGGGGCACACGCCGCCCAUAAUGCCCGCGGAUAUUCGGCACCACGAAGUGAGCAUGAUGUCCCCUGCGGCGCCUCGCCCGUGCCUGCCCUCGCCCACAUACUCCACGGGGCUCCACGCCAGCCUCCCCGCGGGGCUGCCCGGCGGCUCCCUCCCGUACCCAUACCUCUACUACAGCCAUAUGAUGUCCCCUUACCUGUUGAGUCGCGCGCCGCAGCUGCAUGCGGCGCCCAUGGACAAGGCUGCGGCAGCUGCCAGAGAGAUGUAUGGCUACCCAACCUACCUACGCUCCCCUCCCGGCCACCACUCCUCCCUAUCCGCCACACCAUCCAGACCAGCGCCUAUCCACCCCUAUAGCUACGCUCUCCCGCCCCAAGUGCCAGCCAACCUGUGAGGCGCGGCACUCCGGUGCCAGCGGCAGCGGGUCGACAACAGUCAGUCAGUGUUCACCUGGUGGGCGGCCCGGGGCUGGCAGCCUCCUCCAUCUCAUCUGUACAUUAUCAUCUUCAUCUCGUGUUCACAGUGUGUUUGUAUAGCAGCACGGCGUGAGGUGUGUUAUGGUGCCCUCGUGUGGCGCCAGGCCUGUAUAGUGACUGUCGUCAGGGCGUCAUGGUGGUCUAGCGUGGCGCCAGGCCUGUAUAGUGACUGUCGUCAGGGCGUCAUGGUGGUCUAGCGUGGCGCCAGGCCUGUAUAGUGACUGUCGUCAGGGCGUCAUGGUGGUCUAGCGUGGCGCCAGGCCUGUAUAGUGACUGUCGUCAGGGCGUCAUGGCGGCCUAGCGUGGCGCCAGGCCUGUAUAGUGACUGUCGUCAGGGCGUCAUGGUGGUCUAGCGUGGCGCCAGGCCUGUAUAGUGACUGUCGUCAGGGCGUCAUGGCGGCCUAGCGUGGCGCCAGGCCUGUAUAGUGACUGUCGUCAGGGCGUCAUGGUGGUCUAGCGUGGCGCCAGGCCUGUAUAGUGACUGUCGUCAGGGCGUCAUGGCGGCCUAGCUCCACGCUAGGCCGCACAUGACGCCACCUCCCUGCAUCACUCAGCUGCCAAAGACUCCUUCUGUACAAUUCCUCGACUAUCUUUUUUGUUUACUUGGAUGGUGCUUAUGUAAAUAUGAAGACAGAUGUACAGUUGACGUAGCAGACGGGUAACUCUAGGGGGCGCUCGGCGCCUCCUGCUCUUGUGUGUAAUAAAUACCAAUUAAUUCCGA